GAUAUCUCUUAGUAACUACGUUAAACUAUUAUUUAUGCCAUGGUUGAAAGUGAGGAUCAUGCUUGUCAUAAAAAUAUCGUAAUUAUAGUUGAUGCAGACACAUGUGUAAUUGACACCAAAACUGCCUUAAUCAACGUUCUUGGCACAGUAGCCAAUAUACACCGGCGUUCACUCAGAUCGCCAUGGGCGAGCAACGCUUCUAAAGAAAUAGAAUCACUUAAAAGUAGCGUCAAAUCGACUUGCGAUCACGCAACAAGACAGGCAAAAGCAGACACCUCAGCAAGACGCAGCUCGGAAGUAACCAAGAGCACCUCCUCGAACAUCAGAGAGGACCUGUUACAUAUACCGAAUGGUGGCGUUAAACAUAUUAAUGGCAUUGUAAAAACAUAUUGUGUUGGUUUCCCUGAGUUCAUCAAUGACCAGCGAGUUCUCCAGAAAUUAAUAUACAAUAUUAAAGAGGAAGUGAUUCCUAGCGCAUCAACAAUUCGCAAGGCGUUGUUACUGGGCGAUUCCUUGAUUCAGUGCGCAAACAAAUUUAAUGCUGAAAAGGUGGAAUCGCUCAAACAGGUAUAUACCAGCUCCCAUAUCUCGUAUAUAAGAACCGAUGGUAGCAUAAAACGCUUACAGAUAGUCGACGAAACUGAAUCCCUAGAGCUAACACCACUUUCUGAAUUUGUGGAAUCAAUAGCGCUAGCAAGUUACCAACGCCAAACUCAACUGGACUUCCUUGAUCACAGUGGCGAUGCCGUAAAACGACUGCUAGAAGUAGCUGGAUUUGAUGUUUCGUUGGUUUCAGUUCAAGUUGUUUUCACGGCACAACUACCAGCCGCUUUGAGGAAGUUGAUUAACAUAGCUGGUACACUCCAGAGUGUUGGAUUCAAUAUUGAUUUUGUACAUCCACAGGAAAUUGCGUCCUAUUCGGAAAAGGGGGGUCCAGUUAAUUACAUUCUGUACCCAAAGGAGAGUCCUGUCAUUGACUACAUUUUUAACCAGUUGCAGAUAUCCUCACUGGUUAAACUCGUUAAUAAAAGUGUGUUUACGCAGGGUUGUACAGCAGAAGAUUCGGAAACGAAUAAGGUUAAUCUGUUAAAAGAGCCAGAGAUAAACUUGUUUAAAGGACUUGCAGCUGCCUACUUGAGGUUCACAGUACCAGUGAUUAUCCAAGGAACUGUUAUUGAAGGUUUUGGCAGGGGUGCAUCAUCUUUGGGCGUGCCAACUGCAAACCUUGACUGCAGUAGCAUACCACAUCUAGUACCAGGUGUAUAUUUUGGAACCUGCCGACUACAAGGUAACGCAGAAGUAGACCCUAAUACAAUAUUAGACACAAUUCUUAGUGUUGGCUUCAAUCCACAUUUCGAUCACGCGACAUACUCCAUAGAACCGUAUAUAUACCACUCAUUCAAUUACCCUCUGCUAGGGCAGCACUUGGAACUCAAUAUCAAGGGGUUGCUAAGAACAGAGGCUCGUUUCGACUCCCUGGGACAUUUGAUAGCAGCUAUACAAACGGAUAUCCUAGAACAUAAGCUUAUAGUGUCAAAAUGGGAGUCGUAGAUAAAA